AUGCAAGGGCCGGCAUCUGCUCGGCAUAUUCAUCCACCGCUCAUUUCUUUCCGAUCAAAAUCUAUAGCAAUUAGCAAGAACUUUUUGCUUAUCCGGCCAUCAAAAACCAUGGCAAAUGUUUCAGAAUUUGUCCCCAGGUUGUCAAUGAAAGUAGCAGUUGUCACUGGUGGAGCUCAAGGAAUCGGUGAGGCAACGGCAAGACUAUUCAUAAAACAUGGAGCCAAAGUCGUGAUUGCUGAUAUCCAAGACGACUUAGGUCAAGAAGUUUGUAAAGAUAUUGGUCUUGAAAACGCUUUGUUUGUCCAUUGUAACGUGACUGUUGAAUCUGAUGUUGAAAAUGUCAUCAACAUCACACUUGCCAAAUAUGGUAGGUUGGACAUAAUGGUCAACAAUGCAGCCAUUGUAGAUGAUGGAAAGCUCAGUAUUCUCGAUAACGAUAUGUUAGAUUUUGAAAGGGUUAUGAAAGUCAACGUUACCGGCGUGUUUCUAGGAACAAAGCACGCAGCUCGAGCCAUGAUUUCAGCUCGGAGAGGCAGCAUUAUUAAUUUGGGAAGUGUGUCUGGGAGCGUUGGAGGAAUCGUUUCUCAUGCUUAUUCGACUUCAAAACAUGCGCUUGUGGGUCUAACUAAGAAUACAGCUGCCGAGCUUGGCCAAUAUGGGAUUCGUGUUAAUUGCUUAUCACCUCAUUUUAUCCCUUCACCUAUGGCUACAAAUUAUGUAAAAGAUUACCCUGAUAAAUACUCAAAAGUUUAUUCGAACCUCAAAGGGAUCUUGCUGAGUAUAGAAGAUGUUGCAGAAGCUGCUCUUUUUCUAGCGAGCGAUGAGGCCAAGUACAUGAGCGGGCAUAAUCUAGUACUUGAUGGAGGGUUUACUGUUAUUAAUCCAGCUUUUGGUCUAUUUGCUCGAGCUUCCCCUAUCGAGUAACUUUGAUAUGUAGACUUGUUCUAUUUUGAUUUGGUUAAGAUUAUAAGUCAUGUGUGUGUUAAGUGUAGCGCUUCUAGUAUUAUAGAGCAAUCCUCACUAAUUCCUUAUGGAAAUGCUCUAAAUAAAUGUAGCAUUUUUGUAUAGUAAGUUCUCCAUGGAGAUUUAUAAUGUUCUUUCUGGUCCUAGGGUGUAGCUGUUCAAUGUCUAAGGAUUUCGGAU